AUGGUUGAAAAUGACAAUGUUCAGGGAAGUGAGACUCAAAAAUAUUCCGGAAAAAAGAUAACUGUGUACAUUUUUAUUACCAUUAUCGCAUUUACUUUAGGAUUCAUACAUUGCAAAUAUGUGGCAAAUUUAUUUGAGAAUGACCGCAAUUUCUCCUAUCUCUCCGAUUUGGAAAGAGAAAUGUCGUUGCGCACUGAAAUGGGUUUUUACUACUCAUAUUACAAAAUUAUAGUCGAGGAGCGUCCUUUUCCAAAUGGAAUUUCAAAGAUAAUGUAUGACAAAUUAGUUGAAUAUCCCAAAGACGUGAAUGCGUUUAACAGAUUUAAUAUCAAUCCUGAGGUAAUAAUUGGCGCGAUGUAUCGAUAUUUCGAACCAUGGAUCAACUCUACCUAUAGAGAAUGUCAUAUGGUAGAGCGUGGUGAGGGUCACACACCUAUAGAAAGCUGUGUGGGAAUUGGGCAACCAAUUUACUUUUAUUUAGAGGCCAUAUGGUGGUUGGCUGGCUUGACUGUUGCUGUCCUUUUCCUACACGCGUCUGUUUUGAGCCAAAGCAUUUUAGGUGGUCUCCUGGCUGUAGUCCAAUAUUUUGCGAACCACGCAGAAUGUACUAGAGUUCAAUGGGCACCUAAUGAAAGGGAGAAUUUAGCGGCGCCCUUGCUGUUGUUACAAACAUGGCUUCUUACCCUACAACUAAGGGAGAAGAAUAAAAAUAAUAUUUUAAAAUUACAGGUCGGCAUUUUCAUCACAAAUUCUUUAUGCCUCUUAUUCUGGCAAUUCACCCAAUUCAUUUUCCUAACUCAAACCGCCAUUUUUUUUGUAAUGGAACAAUUACGAAUAAUCGAUACAAAAACGUUAUCGAUUUUCCUCCACUCCCACUUUUGCGGACUUCACACCGCCAUCCUUCUUUUACAAGGGAAUGAUAUGUUAAAAUCAUCCCUCUACACAUCAUUUUUCGCAGUAAUAUCGAUUUAUUGCCUAUUUUUCAGCACUCUCCGAAUAAAUAUUAAAAAUCGAUUAGAUCUAUUUGUGGAGACUUGGCUCGUUUUCUUGAGAAUUUUAUUGGCUGUGACGUCGUCGUUGUAUUUAAAAAAAGUUAUUUGCGAUUUUCUCGAAGUUCAAGACGAUUCGCACGUUUGGGACAUAUUAUAUUCCAAAUUCACAGAUUAUAAAACUUUUCAUACACUUAUUUACACAUGUUCAGACGUUUUCGACUAUUUGCCCUUUAGUUCCAUCAAAAAUAUGACAAAGUCCCUACUUAUACCUUUUGCUUUGUUGAGUGGCGUGAAUGUAGUCAAUUUUUGGGUGUCCACCGCCAUUUUUAAAUGCAAGAAAGAGAUAGACGAUGUGUGCAAAGAGGAAGAGAUAGUAGAUGGGGAUGAUGAUGAUAGCGGGAUUGAGAAUAAUUCCGAAUCGAUCAGAAAUAGGAAUGUCCCGAGGGAUUUGGACGUGAUACUGUCAAAAAUGCACGGUAACAUGCAAAAGCGUGAACAGAUGAAGGACUUUGUUAUGUUCUUCCUGAAGAAUUUGUGCGUGGAACCGGCGAUUUUUUAUAAUUUUUCGCAAAUGGUUGUUUUUGGUGUUAUGGCAUGUCUUGUUAUGCGAUUGAAACUGCUGUUUUCUACUCAAAUGUGCCUAGUUUGCUCUCUCAUAGCCAACAAGAAUUAUUAUAUGUUCCCAAAGUCCAUAACGAAAUAUGUGCCGAUAUUUUGGGCCAUCGCCAUAUUGCCGCUAUUGAGGGAACUCUCGCAAAAUGUCUCGCACGAAAUGGCUCACGUUGGUGAAUUUAACGAUUAUCCCCAAGAGCAGUUGCUACAGUGGAUAUCGAAGGAGGCAGGGGAUGGAGCAUUCGCGGGUUCGAUGCCCAUUUUGUCAAGUGUCAUGCUAUCUACUAGACGACCAAUAGUGGCACACCCCCACUAUGAACAUGUGGAAGCUAGAAAACGCGCAUACGCAGUGUAUAAGAUGUAUGGAAGAUUCUUGUCACACGAUUACUAUCAAGAAUUGAAUAAACUAAGGGCUACUUAUUUGAUAGUUGAAGUUAAAUACUGUUACGGGAAGAGCAGAAACGGCUGUUCCUUCGAAACUAUAUGGGAUAUAGAGUAUCCCAAUAUGAAAUCGAACCCCAAACUGUGUCACAAGCUACUCACUGAGCCGGUGGAGCAUUUCUAUCCAGUUUUUAGGAAUUCGCAAUAUGCUGUAUUCAGGAUACAUGAUUUUAGUGUAAGAUACAUGCCUCGUAGUUUUGAUACC